AUGGAGCCCGGAUCUAAAGCGCGAAUUCUUCCGGACCAAAGUUCUCCUGACCUUGGACGCCAGUUCCUGUGCGAUCACGAGGUGCCCUUCCAACACCAACAAAAUCUUUGUCUGAGGAGGAAAGAAAUAUGGCACAUCCGGCUCCCUGCCUAUAUAUACACCUUUAACCCCUAUCCCCCGUGUUCGACAUCGGAACCUGAGCCUCCACUGCCGCACCUCCGGUGCUCGGUACAGAUGGAGCGCACCCAUUCGAUGGCAGAUAAGGAUAAUGCAGGCCGGCCGCUGCGCGGCUAUGUUAGUACCGUCUCCGUGUCCCAUCCGGGCGGCAAGAAGGCGGUGAAGGAGCCAUCUUUUGAGUUGAAGCGUUGGCGGGCAUUUUGUCGACUCUUCUAUGGGGAGGGAAAAGGGAAAGAGGCGCGGAGCGCCGGACACGCGAUGCAGAAGAAAAGGUGGUGCGGCGUCUUGUCGCACGGACUGUUCCGCGGCGCGUGCUCACAUGGAUACCUGCGCUGUGCGGUGAACUGCCCUGGACCGUCACAAUUCUGGAGAACUUGCGAGAAAUGGAUAAAGUAA